AUGUCUGUGCCUAGAGAUGCCCUCAGCCCAGACGCGCGGCCGGCAUCGCCUUUACCUGGCCAACCGCGGUCCUUUUCGUCGUCUCUGCCACGAGAGGAGUUGACGGCUCGUCUUGCUGAGCCUAUUCACGGAACAUCACCGCUUGCUCGGGGGGCUUCUCCUGCUCCAGGAGCUGAUGCCUCACAAGCCACCGAAUCUCCCUUUACCGGCGGAAGCUUUACACAGGGCCCCGGAGUCUCUGCCUUGGCCGCCGCUCUUUCAAAUUCUCUAGGACAAUCACCGCCUCGCCAUGGUACUCCUGCAGCCCGACUCAGCACUCCUCCUCGAUCACAAUCUCCCGCUGUCCCCGCACGAUCAGCUACCCCUACACACUAUGGCUCCUUCGAAUCAAGAUCACGGCUUGGACCCGGUGGCCCUGGUAGCGCUACUGGCCCCUACGAGGAUCCCGAAAUCGUAAAACGACAUUUGGUGCAGCCCGGCGAUGCUGAGAAUCCCACGUCAGAAGAAUCGUCCCUGAUGGGAACCGUCAAGGGCAAGCAAUCCACAGACGCCAAGCCCAACAACCCCAAUGACGAAGAAUUCUCCAGUCUACAGCUCCAGGGAGGUGAUGUGACCCGCGGCAUAUACAAGUGGACGGAACAGGCAGAGGCGAAGAACAAGCUCAGUCGUGCCAAGAGCUAUGAUCAAAUGCGGCCGGAACCUGAGGAGGAAGUCAUGGACAUCAACACUAUCAAGGUUCCUGGCGGAUUCCGACGUGAUCACCUGCGACGACGAGCAUUCAGCCCAAGCGGUCAGCACGCCGAACAAGGUGGCAGUGGGGUUGGCUCUCCUGGAACACUCGAUCAACCUAGGCUGUUUACUUCGAGUUUCCUGGAAUUCUUAUCCAUUUACGGCCACUUUGCCGGUGAGGAGCUCGAGGAGGACGACGAGAACUUGGGACCCAACGAAAUAUGGGACUCGGGCGAAGACCGGGAUGACGGUGCUGAGGAACCAACCGAGGACAGCGCGCUGCUGGGUCCGUCGAAGAAGAAACGCAAGAGAAAGGCCCGCGGGGGCAGUGGCCAGAACAGCCCCAUGAAUGCUGCUUUGCUGCUCCUCAAGUCUUUUGUCGGCACCGGUGUCCUGUUCCUACCUCGCGCCUAUCUCAACGGUGGCAUGCUUUUCAGCAACCUCGUCCUGCUGUUCGUCAGCAUUCUCAGCUACUAUUGCUUCGUUCUCUUGGUGACUACGCGAUUAAAGGUUGAGGGCUCAUUUGGUGACAUGGGUGGCAUUCUGUAUGGCAAAUGGAUGCGAAAUCUGAUUCUAAGUUCGAUUGUCAUUAGCCAGAUUGGAUUCGUGGCUGCCUACACCGUUUUUACGGCUCAAAAUCUGCAGGCUUUCAUCCGCGCCGUAUCGGAUUGCAAGGCUUCAAUCGGCAUUCCGCUACUGAUUCUCAUGCAGACGGCCAUCUUCCUCCCAUUCUCUCUUCUCCGCGACAUCGGCAAGCUAGGAUUCACGGCCCUCAUUGCGGAUGCAUUCAUCAUGGUUGGCCUCGCCUACCUAUUUUACUAUGAUAUCAUUACCCUCAACGCCAACGGUCUGGCCGACAUCAUCAUGUUCAACAAGAGGGACUGGACCUUGUUCAUCGGUACCGCCAUUUUCACCUUUGAAGGUAUUGGCCUGAUCAUUCCGAUCCAAGAGUCGAUGAAACACCCAACAAAGUUCCCUCGCGUUCUGUUCCUGGUCAUGAUCAUCAUCACCGUCCUGUUUACCGUCAUGGGAGCAGUUUCGUACGCCGCCUACGGAUCCAAGACUGAAACAGUUGUUCUGCUCAACUUGCCCCAGGACGACAAAUUUGUCAAUGGCGUACAGCUUCUGUACUCCUGUGCCAUUCUGCUGUCGACUCCGCUGCAGAUUUUCCCCGCCAUUCGUAUCAUUGAGACGGAGCUGUUUACCCGCAGCGGCAAGUACAACCCUUGGAUCAAGUGGAAGAAGAAUGUGUUUCGCUUCUUCAUGGUGAUGCUCUGCUCUGCAAUUGCCUGGGGAGGCGCCGACCAUCUCGACAAGUUCGUGGCUCUCGUUGGCAACUUUGCCUGCAUCCCGUUGGUGUACAUUUACCCACCUCUUCUUCAUUACAAGGCGGUUGCCCGAAGCAAAUUAUGGAGAAUUUCCGAUAUUAUUCUUUGCAUCUUUGGAUUCUUUGCCAUGGCAUAUACCACAGCGCUGACUAUCAAGAGCUGGGCGGAUUCCGAAGGCCCGGGCCCGGGAUACUGCGACCGAAGGAAGCCCUAG